AUGAAAGUGUAUACAAUAGCAAGAUUAAAACUAGAAGAAACAAAAAUAAUAAUUGAUAAAAAUUAGUUAAGAAUUCUAGACAAAUCAUAUGAAUUUGAUGCAAUUUUAGAUUAAUCAACUAAAUAAGAUGAACUAUAUUUGGGAUUAAAUGUUGGUCAAUUACUUGAUUAAUUUAAAAAUGGAAUUAGUUAAGUGAUUUUUUGUUUUGGUUAAACAGGUUCAGGGAAAACUUAUACAGUUAAUUUGUUAAUACCGAUGAUUUUGCUAAAAAUCAUUGAGAGCAAAUUUGAAGUUUCUUUUUCUGUUCUUUAAAUUUACAAUGAAAAAAAUUGGACAUGCUUUAUAAAUAACAAUUAAAACUAAGAUAUAAGAAUAAUGAAUUUGUACCAGAAAAUCUUACAAAAUUUAUAUGUCAUUCUUAAGAAGAAUUAAUAAAAUUAUAUAAUAAAGCAAAUAAAAAUCGAAUAAUUAAUUCACAUUCUUUAAAUGAUUUUUCAUGUAAAUAUAUACAUUUCAUGGUUAAAGUUCAGAUUUAUAAUGUGAAUUUAAUAUUGUAGAUUUAGCAGGUUCUGAAAGAUUAUAUCAAACAAAAGUUUAAUAAAUAUAAGAGAGUGUCGAAAUAAAUAAAUCUCUUUUUUAUUUAAGAUAGGUUGUUUAAAAUUUAGCAGAUAAAGUUCAAUAAAUACCAUAUAGGCAGUCAAAAUUAACAAGUAUUUUAAAAAAAAGUUUGAAUGGAAAAUCAAAUAUUGUUAUGGUAAUCUGUUUAAAUCCUUCUGAUGAAAAUAUAUAGUAAUGUUAAUAAUCUGCAUAAUAUGGAGUAAAAGCUAAACAAAUUAUUUUAUAACCAGAAUAAUAAUAAGAUGAUUUAUAAAGGUAAGUUAGAGAAUUAAAAGAAUAAAUAAUAAUAAUGUUAUAUCAAUAGAAUUUAAUAUAAAAAGUAUAUAAUAAAAUGGAGAGNUUGAUAUAAUUUUUAAAAAUGAUUAAGUAUUAGUUCCAUAAAUAUUUAAAAGGAGAAUACUAGAUGGAAAAAUAAAAGAAGAAAUAUCAUUAUGCUAAUAUUUUUAUAAAAUUAAAAUGAAAGUGUAUACAAUAGCAAGAUUAAAACUAGAAGAAACAAAAAUAAUAAUUGAUAAAAAUUAGUUAAGAAUUCUAGACAAAUCAUAUGAAUUUGAUGCAAUUUUAGAUUAAUCAACUAAAUAAGAUGAACUAUAUUUGGGAUUAAAUGUUGGUCAAUUACUUGAUUAAUUUAAAAAUGGAAUUAGUUAAGUGAUUUUUUGUUUUGGUUAAACAGGUUCAGGGAAAACUUAUACAGUUAAUUUGUUAAUACCGAUGAUUUUGCUAAAAAUCAUUGAGAGCAAAUUUGAAGUUUCUUUUUCUGUUCUUUAAAUUUACAAUGAAAAAAAUUGGACAUGCUUUAUAAAUAACAAUUAAAACUAAGAUAUAAGAAUAAUGAAUUUGUACCAGAAAAUCUUACAAAAUUUAUAUGUCAUUCUUAAGAAGAAUUAAUAAAAUUAUAUAAUAAAGCAAAUAAAAAUCGAAUAAUUAAUUCACAUUCUUUAAAUGAUUUUUCAUGUAAAUAUAUACAUUUCAUGGUUAAAGUUCAGAUUUAUAAUGUGAAUUUAAUAUUGUAGAUUUAGCAGGUUCUGAAAGAUUAUAUCAAACAAAAGUUUAAUAAAUAUAAGAGAGUGUCGAAAUAAAUAAAUCUCUUUUUUAUUUAAGAUAGGUUGUUUAAAAUUUAGCAGAUAAAGUUCAAUAAAUACCAUAUAGGCAGUCAAAAUUAACAAGUAUUUUAAAAAAAAGUUUGAAUGGAAAAUCAAAUAUUGUUAUGGUAAUCUGUUUAAAUCCUUCUGAUGAAAAUAUAUAGUAAUGUUAAUAAUCUGCAUAAUAUGGAGUAAAAGCUAAACAAAUUAUUUUAUAACCAGAAUAAUAAUAAGAUGAUUUAUAAAGGUAAGUUAGAGAAUUAAAAGAAUAAAUAAUAAUAAUGUUAUAUCAAUAGAAUUUAAUAUAAAAAGUAUAUAAUAAAAUGGAGAGAAAUAUCAAAUGUAAAAUGAAAUUUAAGACUUAAGAGAUAAGAUAAAUAUAUUUUUGA